AUGGUCCCUCGUGAUCUGGUGGAAGAAUCAGUCGCAACGGCUUCGUCAAAUCCUAUGUCCGAGCCCUGGGAGGCUUUUCUGCGAAAUGACAACAUGUUUGGAAGUUCAGCGGCUCCAUCGGACCUCUUCGAACAAAUGCAGCUCCCUCAGCAAUCCACCCGAGACAAUCUGAUCCCUUUGUACGACUAUGAUGACAUGCAAGAAACGAGGACAAAACUAUCAGAGGAUACCGUCGAGUCAAUUCUGGCAUCGAAUGAAAGUUUAAAAAAUACGAUGUAUGGCAUUUCUGAGCCAAUGAUUGAUCUAACACCGACAACGAGUGUUUCCGAUAUGUCCUUAUUUGGUUUGUCUGCUUUGCCACUUGCGCCAACUACAGACAGCAUCUCUCAGGAUUUCCUAGUGUCGUCACCCUCCAGCUCGAGUGGGACGUAUCCUUAUGAACUCUUCAAUAUACCCUCGCCGCUUCCGGGAACUGUAUAUCCUCGUUCUCCUACUAUCAACCAUGCUAUGAGUGAUGAAGACUCACCUAGAAAUACUUUUGGCAUUAUGAAUAGUGCUCCUUUUGAUUUGCACAGCUUAAUAUCGGACACAGUUCCUAUCACGCAAAUGGAACUGGGCCUUUCAAAGGCUGAUGUACACUCGGAUACCCAGCACUUGUCCUCGCUUCCAUGUCUGUUGCCAUUUUCGACAUCAUCUCAGACCGGCGCGUCAUCAUCUGGACAGCCUGAUUGUCAAGAAAUAAAACCUUUAUACGUGGCAGCAGAUUCAAAUUUUGCCGCUCCGCAAUGUAUGAAUAACAUUGGAGCGGUUGUAUCGCCGGUUGUCAGCAAACAAACUGCAGCUGAAACGAGUCUCGGAACUGUAUCCAGAGCCCUGGCUUCUGUUCCUAAGAACUCCUCAACAUCUAUGUCCGUUACUGCGUUCCCUGAUUUAGGUUUGCUCAAGCUUCCAAAAGCGCAAAAAUUGUAUGAAUGCCCUACUUGCUGUAAGGUAUUUGUCCGUGCGUACAACCGGAAGAAGCACAUGGAGACGCACGAAGCUCUGGAAAAUCGAUUGCGUCCUUUCAUAUGCUCAUAUGCUGGUUGUGGUAAGUCGUUCUCACGAAAACAUGACAUGAACCGGCAUUACAUGGGCGUCCAUUUUGGUAUACGGAAGACGCCCACGGACUCAGCGCAAAAUAAGCGCAGCAAUAAUACAAUCUUAGAUGUGAAGCCCACGAUUGCGUCUUAA